AUGCCCAUCGAUUUCUAUCUCUCGACAUCGGAGGCGGCCAUCCGCACCGCCGCCGCCGGUUUUGCCCAACAAGUCCUCCAGCCUGCUAGGGCCGAGUACCUCAAGCAUGAGGAGCACUCCAAGCGAUUCCAAGCCACUCAGCCGACCUACGCCGCCGCUGUCAAAGCCGGCUUGAUCGAGGGUCAGAUCUCGCCCGCUCACGGCGGCACCGGUGGCAGUCUCGUCGAGGCGGCCAUCAUGGUGGAGGAGUUCUACGCAGUGGAACCCUCGGCCGCGUUAACGGUGCUUGCGACUGGCCUCGGCCUGACGCCUUUGAACAUCGCUGGCAAACCCGAGCAUGCCGAGUUUCUCGCCCCCUUUCUCAGCCGCGAGGGAAGUCCACUCGCAUCGCUGGUCCUCAGCGAACCCGGCGGAGUCGCCAAUGCCUUGGAGAAAGGAGCGCCAGGCUUCCAGACCACGGCGUAUCGCGAUGGCGAUGAGUGGAUUAUCAACGGCGAGAAGAUGUGGGCAACCAACUGCGCGGGCUGGGAUUUCAAGGGAUGUGAUCUCGCCUGCGUGGUGUGCCGCGACACCACGGAUGGAGAGCCGAGCCCUGCCAGCGACCCCGAAGAUCGUGUCAUGAUCAUUCUGGUAACCCGUGCCGACCUCGACCGUAACGACCCGGCCGCUUUCAAAGUUCUGCGCCACCUCUCAACUUCCGGACACACGUCAGCCUCCGGACCGCACGUCAAAUACACCAACGUUCGGGUGCCGGCGAAGAACGUCCUCUGUCCGCCGGGCCAGGGAGCGCAGGUUGCGUUCGGCUCGUUCGAUGCAAGCGCCGUCAUUGUCGGCGCCAUGGGUGUUGGUCUCAUGCGGGCUGCCUUUGAUGCUGCGUUGGACUUUGCGAAGCGAGACUCGCGUAACGGCGCCGUACCGCUGAUGGAGCGUCAGGCGUUCGCCGAUCUGCUGUCAGGAGUCAAGAUGCAGACCGAAGCUGCGAGGGCCCUAACAUGGAAGGCUGCAAAAGUCAUGGAACAAGGCCCAGGCGACUACCAGGCGCGGCGAGAGAUUGCCCUGGCUGCCAAGGUCUACUGCAGCGAUGCCGCCGUAGGGGCCUGCAUGGAUAUCAUCAAAGCAGUGGGAGGUAAGCAAAAGUUUCCUCCGUCGGUGGACUGUUUUUACCCCUUUAUGGCUGUCUCAGGAGCCAUUGUGCUCCCGACGCAGCGCAUUUGCUCCCGAAACCACCCCCAGACAUUUCCGAGAUAGGGAAUUCGCAGCUGACAAUGUUGGUAGUUACGGCUUAUGAUCUAAGUCAGCCUUUCGCUGACCUACUAAACAAUGCUUUGGCAUUGCCCAUCUUCGACGGCGGCAAUGUCGGAAUUCGGAAACGUCACUUACAACAACUCAUGCUCUCGCCCACUUACGAUGCUUGGGCGGCAACAUACGGCCCAUCCGAGUGAAAUGGGACUCAGUACCUUGAGCACCUUAUCAACAUGGCUAGGCAUAUAAAGUCUUACUCCACGCUGUUCAGCGCAGCUACGAAUAGCUAACAACGGGGCAAAGUGUAUUGGUCAGUUUUUGAAUAAUGUGACUACAGUAACGGGCG